UUUGCGUUUAUGGGCAAUUGUGGUCGGACUGCUAGCCACUAAUAAAGUAUGCUGAGAUGUAAUUUAAAGAAGUAGAAUGGAAAAAUAAAAAUUAGUGCUGGAAUUAUUAACUAAACUCAGCCUGUGCCAAGUCAAGCGAGUUUUGACGAAUCCGAGGAGUUUCGCGGAAGAAGUAGCACUUUCCCGCCACAAACAAGGCCGACUAUUGUUUUAAAAAUGGACACAAAAAUGUCCGGGUGCCGCCGGACAUCGGAUUUCCGGGAGACUUUCCGGAAGGGGACGCCGGAAACACCGUCCCUGGCGAAAACUCUGUGUACGUGCAACAAGCGGCGACUGCGAAACAUGGCGCUCAGUGUUUUUCCGGUGUGGCGCAUCAUGAAGAAAUACGCGUGGAAGACGGACCUUCUAGCGGACUUGAUAUGCGGACUUACAGUUGGAAUCAUGCAACUACCUCAAGGCAUGGCCUACGCGAUGUUAGCCGAGAUGCCUCCGGUCGUGGGGCUGUACAUGUCCUUCUUUCCCGUCCUCAUAUACUUUUUCUUCGGUACAUCUAAACACAUCUCCAUGGGUACUGUGGCCGUGGUAAGCCUGCUUACAGGCUCCGUCGUAGCGCGUUUCUACAACGCGACCAGCGGUGCCACUGCCAACGGAAUGGGCAACCUGACCAUUGCUGGCAACGAAUCACUGGGCCUCUUUGAAUCACCUUCUGAAGGAAUAGGGACGGGAGAAGACGGGGGCUUACCCGUUGAAACGAAACUAGGCAUUGCCAUGUCCCUCAGUCUCCUUGUCGGAUUGACGCAGAUCAUCAUGGGGGUGUUACGUAUGGGAUUCGUCACGACGUACAUGUCUGAUCCCCUGAUCGCCGGCUUUACGACGGGUACGGCAAUUCACGUGGGAACCAGCCAGGUCAAAUAUAUUUUCGGCUUGAAAAUUCCCCGCACAGACGGAAUGUUUCAAGUUAUCAAGACGUACAUGUAUAUCUUUGAGAGCAUACACAAAACGAACAUAACGACCCUGGUGACGUCUAUCAUCUGUAUCAUCAUCCUGUACCUGGUCAAGGAGCACAUCAACACCAGGUUCAAGGACAGGCUCAAGAUACCCGUCCCCAUAGAACUGUGUGUGGUGAUUGCUGGCACGUUGGCGUCCUAUUACGGAAACUUCCACGAAACGUAUGGUGUCAAGGUCGUCGGCUACAUCCCUAAAGGAUUGCCCCAGCCCAGUGUUCCUAAUUUCCACGGUGCAGGCAGCUACAUCACAGACAUCCCCAUUAUUGCCAUCAUAUCGUUUGCCCAGUCAGUGUCCCUGGCCGCUCUUCUAGCAAAACAGCACAAGUACACCAUCGACUCUAACCAGGAGUUGAUAGCCUACGGGGCAGGUAACGUGGUUGGCUCGUUUUUCUCGUGCUAUCCGUUUGCGGCGUCCGUGUCAAGAAGCUCUGUGCAAAACUCUGCUGGUGGAAAGACACAGGUGGCCAGCUUGUUCUCCGCAUUUAUGGUGUUGGUAGUCAUCCUCUGGCUGGGACCUUUGUUCGAAGCAUUGCCAAACUGCGUGUUGUCGGCGAUUAUCGUGGUGGCGCUGCGGAGCUUGAUCAAGCAGUUGCUGGAGCUUCCCAAGGUGUGGAGGACAUCAAGAUAUGACUGUUGGAUCUGGCUUGUGACGUUCACAGUGACCACCGUUCUGCACGUUGACUACGGACUUCUCUUUGGGCUCGUUUUCUCCUUCUUCACAGUCGUUCUCAGGACCCAAGUUGCCAAGCCAACUCGACUGGAGAAGGUUGCAGAGCACAAUCUGUACAAGGACCCCAAAUAUUAUAUCAAGACAUCUUCACAUAACACAAUCAAAGCAAUGGGAUACCAAUACCCGAUCUAUUACGCAAACGGAGACCUGUUCACCAGGGAGGUGUACCGCCUUGCCUCCAUCAAACCGGACGCACUCAGAAAGCAGAUCCGGCGCGCAUCUCAACUAAGUACCAUUAGCAGAACUUCGAGUGCUGUGUCAAUGAGUGACAAGGUGCAGACAUCUCACUCUGAUCUCGUCAUUCCACAUAUAAAACGUGAGGACAGUGUCAUAUCUCUUAACGGCCAGCUGCCAAUUGGGGACCCCACCCAUAUCUACCCGGUAGCGUUUGAGUACCCCCUCACUCACAUCAUCAUUGAUUUCACCACAGUCGCCUUUGUCGACUCUGUGGGAUGCAAGGUCCUUAAAGCGUUGAUACAAGAUUACGACACCGUGAAUGUUUCUGUCUGGAUGUCGGGCAUACCUGAUGAUAUCUGGAACAUCUUUGAGGCAACGGAAAUCAUACCAAAGUACGAGGAGAACAUUUACCUCACCCUAGAUGACGCUAUACAAGCCGCCAAAGAAACCCUUGACCGGAGGUCAAGCACCAUAGGGGUCAAUGGGGCACUCAAUAAGGUUUCUAUAAUGUAACAUAGGAAGGAAGUAUUCUACUAAAAGAUUGAUGUGCUGAAUUGAUGGCUCAUGGACAAUGCGCAAUGACUUGGUGACACGUGGACAACGCGUGUUGACUUGGAGACACAGGGACAAAGCGCGUAUUGAUGAUAUCAACUUGUGCAUAUGCGAAUGAUAUACAAAUGGAUUUCAGAGAUAACUUCAGCCAAUGUAUAAAACGUUGACCACAGGUUAUAUUUUGGCCUGUGUACGUCUUUGAAUGAUUUGGUUUGGUUAGAAGUGAUUAUUAUUAAGCUUAACAAGCCUAACUUUAACCAUAUCAAAUAAUUAACCAGUUUUAUACAAGUUGUCGCUGCUGUUUGUUCUUAGAUCAGAUGGCCGGAUUGUCAGAAUAUGUAUACUAGGGUUUGAAUGAAACGGAUUCGCUGGGAGACUCUAAAAACGCAAAAACAUCGAAAAAAGUAACAAUUUCUUGAAUCAAUUAGCUUGAACGAAUAUGUUUUUCGUUUAUCAAAAAUUCGUAUCGAAUUAUUUCCGUUUGAAAGCCUUUCGGUGUUUAUACACUCGGAGUCUUCAAUUCCUCAUGCUUUCAUUGGAUUUAUUUGUUCAGAAAUGAUGUAGCAGAUGUUCUGGGGUUCACACAAAUUGGUGAAAACAUUGCCGUGAAAAGUUUGUUUAAACCAUAGAUGAGUUGUUAUUUGUUAUGUAUAGUAGAUUGUUCACUGACAUAAAAUCCAUUGAUCUUGCGAAUUAAGAUGUUUUCUGUUACAUUCUGGACGAAAUAACGUAAAUCAAUGGAAUUGAAAUACAGUCGUCUAAUCUUAAAAUAUAGGGAUCUCGAAAUAAUAAUCAAGCUCUCAUUUAACGUGUUAACAGAUAUGAAAGUUAAUCAUUAGAUGUGUUUAAGAAGUAGUACAUGCAAUGGUUAAUUUGACAAUGAAGCGUUAAAGUGUGUAAUAUAUAGAGACAGCUAAAAUUACAAUGGGUGUACUUCUUUUCAAUCCAAUAAGCACGGUUGAGGAAAAUUGAGCAACUGGCCAUAAGUGAUAUGCAUAUAAACUUGUUAGACUUGUGUAGCUAUGUUCAUACCAAUUCCAUAACAUAUAUAUGGUUCAGGAAACUCAUUAAAGUAUACACAGUAGGUUUGUUGUACAGUACCAUUUGUAUUAUUUGUUAUACUUUUUCCAAUAAAUAUUUGUUGUUUUUUGCGGAUUA